AUGAGUGAGAACGUUCCAUUAACGAGUACGACUUCCGAGACCGAAGGCUCGUACGCCCCUCCCCUUCUCUUCCAACACGCGCAGCCCGCGGAACCAGCGGAAAACGUUUCCGCGCACGCAGAGCAAUGGGAAAGUGAUGACGGCGACGUGAAGGUCACCGUUACUGAGCAUCUCGUGUCGCACGCCGUCGAUUUCCCUUCGUUGAAGGCCGAGCCGCAGGAAGAGCAGGCUGAAGCUCACAAAGCCGCGGCACGAUUUCCUCAGAAGAGCUUCGACCAUCCGACGGCUGGCGGCUGGAACGAUUUCGACAAAUCCUCUGCCAUUUUUAAUUUCAGCGACCGCCCCGUGCGCGACGCGGGAUGGCGGUUCGUCUUCGCCGCGCCGCUAGUCUUCCUACUCGUUGCGGCCCUCCGCGCCCUCGUCUAUGCGCCCUUCGACCCCUCAAGCUUCAUCCUAAUUUCUCCCUCCCUCUAUCCGGUUGCGUUGAUUCUCCUCUUCGCCGUCAGCCUUCCCCUCCCCAUGUUGAUCGUCUCGUCUCUCCGCAAAAUCCCCGCUCGCGUCUUGAGCGCGCUGAUAGUCCUCGCCGCUGUGAUUUGCGCUCUGCAAAGCGCCACAUCCGCCGUGCAUUACUACACGACGCCCGCGCUCGUGCCGCCAAAUGCGGCGGACGUAGCCCCAGUGGAAUACGCGCCAGUCCGCGAUCCAUCGGCGAGUGACUUUUCCGUGAACACGGACUUUGCGGAAAGCGCGGAUGGGGAGAGCGGAAAGACGAACGAGCAAAUGGCGGAAGAAGAAGAAGCCAUGGUAGAAGCGGCGAUUGAAGCCUCAGAAAGGGGAACGGAAGGGGGUACGGAAGGGGGAAUGGAAGGGGGAACGGAGGGGGGAAUGGAAGGGGGAACGGAGGGCGCCAUGGGGGAUUACAUGGAGGGGCAGGAGGUCCCAUCUGAAGCGGCGGUGAGCAUCGCUGAUGACGCGGCAGCGGAGAUGGCAGCAGCAGCAGCGGUAGCGGAGACUGAGAGCAGCAGCAGCGCACCUACCAGCAGCAGCAGCGCGCCUAGCGGCAGCAGCAGCCCUACGGCCACCAGUGACCUUGGCAGGGGCCUAUUCGAGCUCGCACUACCCGCCAUCGCACACCCCGUGGUAACCGUAACCGCACAGCAUGCCGCCCACUUGACGCGCGCCGUCCACUCCGCCGCCCGCCGGCAUCUCCAAAGCCACGCGUCAGACGCGGGGAAGAGAGCGCGUGGGCGGUCCUUGCAAGGCGAGAAUCGGCUGGACGUGGCGAUGGUUUCUGCAAUUCUCAUAGCCCGUCCUCUCUACUUCAUUGCAUUCGUCGUCUUGGGGCUGUUCAGCGUCGUCGCCAUGCUCCUUGUGCUGAGCUGCAACCACCACCUUCCUCUCGCCGCCUCUGCUGUUGCGCACGCUGCUCAAACGGCCAUCGCCCAAGCCCCAGUCAUCUUCUUUAUGCCGCUUCCCGUUAUCCUUGCAGUUUCGUUCCUUUGCCUUCCUUUGAUGAAUAGCCUUCCGGGCGAUACUAGUCUCAUCCUCUUCGUCCUCCUGCUACCCACCUCUUUCUUCGUUGCUCAAGUGCUCUCGGCUCUCCUCAUCUACUCCACAGCAGCUGUUUUUGCCCGGCUGUAUGUCACAACCAGCGGCAGCAGCAGCAGGAGUAGCAGCGAGGGCGGGAAGGUGGGUGAAGGAGAGGAGGGCGUGACAUUGAGAGGACAACUAGAGCUCUUCUCUUCAGCCUUCUCCCUGGCUUGCACCUCUUCCCUGGGUACCUGCUGUGCCAUUGCCAUCACCUCCUGUGCCACCACCAUUCUCCAAGUCCUCCUCUCCGCCAUCUUCCUCGCUCUCUUCGGCGAAAGCAUCCUGGGCUGCCUUCUGCUGGCGCUGCUUCACUGCACACAGAUUGUCAUCCGGUUCUUCCUCAACUGCCUCGUCCUCCCCACCAGUGCCAUGAGCGGCCAUGGCUUCACUCGCUCUCUGCGCCUCUCUCUUGACAUCCUGCAGCGCUUCCUGGCGCCCAUUGUCACGGCCAAUGCUGCUGGACUGGCCCUGCUUACCAUGCUGGUGGUUCCCAUUGUCAUCAUUUACAACAUUAUCGGGCUAAUUGGGGUCUAUGCUUAUGAGGCGUUGUUCCCCCUGGGAGAUAGUCCUAUGCAGCUAGGGGCUCUAGCUCUCCUCUUGGAAGCGUUAUUGAUUGUUUUUGUGGUUUGUCUUCUAUCCGUUGUAGCACUCUCCUCCGUCCUCACCACAGGGGUCGCCACUACAGUGCUGUGUUUCGCCUGGGAUAAGAAGCUUGAGCCAGAGGAGGGCUCUGAUGCUGCUGGCUUGGUUGGUGAUGAAUCCAUAUCCUCUGCAGAUGUCAAGGAUACUAGUCCGGUGUAG